CUCGCGGACCGGCACCUGAUUUGAGCCAUACACGCUGCCGUCAGACUGAGGAGGCAGAGCGGGAGCAGCAGGCAGGAGAGGCGCGCGCUGCGCUCACCACACACCAACGAGAUCAAGUCCUAGAAAUUGUCCCACGGACGGCCAAACAAGCCUCAUAUCUGCAAGAGAUAACGAACGACUGGCUGCUGGAUUUGUGGAAGCCUCAAUCUCCGGAAGGAAUUCACCAAGGAAGCCGGGUCCAUGUCCGAAUCCCAUCUUCUUAUGUUAAACCAGUGAAGGAUAAGCUUCUCCAGAAUGACAUUCCAUAUACCGUACUGAUCAAUGAUGUGCAGCAGUCAAUAGACAAAACCAUAACUUCUAAGAAAAACACGAAGGCCGUGUCCUUGGAAAAUUAUGUCUAUACAGAGUAUCACCCAAUGGAUGAGAUCUAUGAUUGGAUGGAAGAGAUUAAGCUGAAGCAUAGUGACCUGGUGACAAAGCUUUACUUGGGAAGCACAUAUGAACGGCGAUCAAUAUACUACUUUAAGAUUGGAUGGCCGUCGGACAAGAAGAAGAAAAUCAUGUUUAUAGACUGCGGCUUUCAUGCCAGAGAAUGGGUCUCCGUGGCUUUCUGUCAGUGGUUUGUAAAGGAGAUUGUUACUAAACACCAGACUGAUGCUUUGCUCAACAAGGUCCUUAGAGAAGUAGACUUCUACGUUGUUCCUGUAUUUAACAUCGAUGGCUAUAUUUACUCAUGGACAACGGAGCGUCUGUGGAGAAAGAAUCGCGCCCCAUACGAAAAUGGCACCUGUUACGGAGUGGACCUGAAUCGGAAUUUUGAUGCGCAGUGGUGCAGUGCAGUAAUAGUGAGAUCAGGACUAUUUCAGAACUUGCCAUCUUUUGCUAUUGGCGCUUCUAGAAACUGCAACAGCUCCACCUUUUGCGGAUCAUCUGUAGCCUCAGAACCCGAGACUAAGGCACUGUCAGGCCUCAUAGAGCUGAUCAAGUCUGAUAUUCUCUUCUACCUGACCAUACAUUCCUAUGGAAAGAUGAUUCUCCUUCCCUACGGUUACACGCUCGAUCUAUCUAAGGACCAUGAACUGCUGGUAAGUGCUGACUGUAAUCUUAUUGUUAAUAGUCAUUCUCCAUGGAUGAGUUAUGGAGUGAUCAUUGGACCCAAAUCAUUGGGCAGCAACUUAAACUACAACAACUGGAUGAACAUACAGACCUGA